UUGGAACAGAAAAAGACUUCUCCGAUGGCUUCUUCACCUGAGUGUAUAACCUGGAUGGUUGUGGGCCUGACUGAAUCUGUCGUCAUAAUAACACUGAAUUCUUUGACAGUGGUUGCAUUUUGUAGAGAUCGUAAUCUUCGUAAACGAUCCACAUACUUGGUGAUAAACUUGGCAGUUGCAGACAUGAUAUCCGGGGGAACUUCUACACUCGACCUCUUCUAUAAUGUUGGAGCGACAUGUAACUUCUGGAGGUACAAUACACUGUCUUGGUAUCAGAUACCACAGGUCUUACAUCUCUGGUUUCCUAUUGUUUCGUUAACGAAUAUGACUGUUAUUUCUCUAGAACGCCUGAAUGCAACGUUUUGGCCCUUCAGACAUCGUACGAUCAAAAAGUCAGUCUACUGGGUUCUUAUCAUCGCCGUCUGGCUGACAGCACUACUCUUUUCAUGUGCGUUGAGAAUAAUUGAGAACUAUGCACGUGAAUGGGACUAUUAUUACUACGCAUGGAGUUCAUUCGUCUCAAUUUGUCUUUUGGUUAUUUGUGUCUCUUACGUUUUUAUUUUUGCCAAGCUUCGCUUUGGAAGUCAGCCUCGACACCAUGGUGCGGCAAAUAGGGAAAGGAAACUGACCGUUACGUUGUUCACCGCGACUUCUCUCUCUCUCGUAUUGUGGCUGCCUUAUGUCAUAACUAGUUCUCUUUAUUUUGCUACUGACAUUUCCAGUUCCGUUUGCAAGUCGCCUAAAGUCGCCUUAAAUCGCCUAAAGAAAUCAAUUAGAAAUCAGCCUCGACACCAUGGCGCGGCAACUAGGGAAAGGAAACUGACCGUUACGUUGUUCGCUGAGACUUCUCUCUCUCUACUAUUGUGGCUGCCUUAUGCUUUAACUACUUUUCUUUUUUUUGCCACUAACAUUCUAAGUUCUUUGUCUGAAAUAACGGUUUUCCGUUUGGAACUUGGUUCAAUCAUCUUGGUUUACGCAAACUGUUUUUUAAAUCCGAUAUUGUAUGCUAUGAGAAUGCCAGGUUUUAGGCGAGCUUUAAAGAUGUUAUGUCGCCAACGACCUCAACCACACAGACAGGUUGAGAUCAUUCCCCUCCGUGAGAUUAACCCACAACGGGCAGCGGGCAGCGGGGCAGCGGGCAGCGGGGCAGCGGGCAGCGGGGCAGCGGGCAGCGGGGCAGCGGGCAGCGGGGCAGCGGGCAGCGGGGCAGCGGGCAGCGGGGCAGCGGGCAGCGGGGCAGCGGGCAGCGGGGCAGCGGGCAGCGGGGCAGCGGGCAGCGGGGCAGCGGGCAGCGGGGCAGCGGGCAGCGGGGCAGCGGGCAGCGGGGCAGCGGGCAGCGGGGCAGCGGGCAGCGGGGCAGCGGGCAGCGGGGCAGCGGGCAGCGGGGCAGCGGGCAGCGGGGCAGCGGGCAGCGGGGCAGCGGGCAGCGGGGCAGCGGGGCAGCGGGCAGCGGGCAGCGGGCAGCGGGCAGCGGGCAGCGGGCAGCGGGCAGCGGGCAGCGGGGAACAGAGAACAAAGAACAGGGAACAGGGAGCAGGAGACAAGGAAAAAGAAACAAAACAACAAAUUUGGAAACAAUUCUGGCCACUGGAAGAUACCAUGAUGGGUCUCCAGGAAGAAAUAGGGAAUGGGGAACGAACAUCAAAAGAAAAAGCGGGAAAGGCUAAAAUUGUUGUGUGGUGUGUGAAAGGAAGUUAUUUUCAAAAGCAAAAGAUUGUACGUGCUAUUGUAGAAACGACUUCGAUUUUUGUCCUCUGA